CGGCGGAGAGUCCGUGUCAGGACUUGGCGCUCCCCAGCCGCAGACGGAGCGGUGCUCGAGCACGGAGAGGCUGCCAUACAUUCAUUGGGAUUUUUUUUUUUUUUUGGUGUGUAUGUAUUGCGUUUUUCCCAUUACCGCGCGCGUUUCUCGCUCAGCGCCCGGCGCCCGAUCUCCAGUCGUUGGCGGGGCAGCAGCACAGGGAGGAAGAGGAGAAAAUCCGAGGAAGGGCCGGCCCCGCACUCCGCCAGAGGCCAGAAUGUCAUCCCGGGAGAUGUGAAUCCGGUCGGUGCGAGCGACAGAGACACGGAGGAGGGGGUCCAUUGUAACAUUCGAGUUGUUCCCCGCUGCCCCAGCUGCUGGCAUCGUCUCCUGAUCGCCUCACAGAAGGGACUCCCGAGGCUGGGCACACACACUGCACUGCGCCCGUCCUCCUCUCCAUUUCGGCUUUUUUUUUUUUUUUAAUUGAAUUUAUUUCUCGUGUGCGUGCGUGCGGGAGCCUGGCUUCAUCGCGCGUUUGCUGCGGAGCGGAGUGUGGGGAAGUGCAGGAAAAUGUUGACUUAGACCCAGAAGACCCUCCCGGCCGGCUGCGUGGAGAAGAAGCCGCCCCUGCUCUGCGCUGCCCCAGCCCUCCGAGCCGCAGCGCCGGCUGCCGCCCGCUGCCGCCCCAGCCCACCGCCCGCCCGCCCGCUCCCGCGCCGCCGCCGGGGCCCCGGGACUAACUCCGCCGCGAUCUCCCGCAGCCCCGCGCUCGCCGGGCUGACCCGGACCGCGGGUCCCGCCGGGCACACAGACCCCGGCCCGCCUUCGGCUCCCAGACGUAGGUAUGAAGAUGAAUAAUGCAGACCACUGGUUUCGAUGAUGCUGGGCUUUUAUAACUGGAUUCAUUAAGGAAUACAAAGAAAAUUCUUACAGGGAUCAAUAAUGGUGUCUUCUGGCUGCAGAAUGCAAAGUUUUUGGUUUCUGCUCAUUAUCAGCUUCCUGCAGUGUACUGAAGGUUUCAGCCGAGCAGCACUACCCUUUGGUUUGGUGAGGAGGGAGCUCUCCUGCGAAGGCUACUCCAUCGACCUGCGGUGUCCAGGCAGCGAUGUUAUCAUGAUAGAAAGUGCUAACUAUGGACGGACAGACGACAAGAUCUGUGAUGCUGACCCUUUCCAGAUGGAGAACACAGAAUGCUUCCUUCCAGACGCCUACAAAAUUAUGACACAAAGGUGCAACAACCGAACACAGUGUAUAGUAGUUACUGGGUCAGAUGUGUUUCCUGAUCCUUGUCCUGGAACAUACAAAUAUCUAGAAGUUCAGUAUGAAUGUGUUCCUUACAAAGUGGAGCAAAAAGUUUUUGUUUGCCCGGGGACGUUGAAAGCAAUUGUGGACUCACCGUAUUUAUAUGAAGCUGAACAAAAAGCAGGUGCUUGGUGCAAAGAUCCUCUCCAGGCUGCAGAUAAAAUAUACUUCAUGCCAUGGACUCCGUACCGCACGGAUACUUUGAUAGAAUAUGCUUCCUUGGAGGACUUCCAGAACGGACGCCAGCAGACGACGUACAAACUCCCAAACCGAGUGGAUGGUACCGGAUUUGUAGUGUAUGACGGCGCUGUCUUUUUUAACAAGGAGAGAACUCGGAACAUAGUAAAAUUUGACUUGAGGACUAGAAUUAAGAGUGGAGAGGCCAUAAUCAAUUAUGCUAAUUACCACGACACCUCUCCAUACCGGUGGGGAGGAAAGACUGAUAUUGACUUGGCAGUUGAUGAAAAUGGCUUGUGGGUAAUUUAUGCUACAGAACAGAACAACGGGAUGAUAGUAAUUAGCCAGCUGAACCCCUACACUCUGCGCUUCGAAGCCACCUGGGAAACGACCUACGACAAGCGCGCAGCAUCCAAUGCUUUCAUGAUAUGUGGUGUCCUGUACGUGGUGCGGUCAGUGUAUCAGGACAACGAGAGUGAGACGGGCAGGAACGCCAUCGAUUACAUCUACAACACCAGGUUAAGCAGAGGCGAGCACGUGGACGUUCCUUUCCCCAACCAGUACCAGUACAUCGCCGCAGUGGAUUACAACCCCAGAGACAACCAGCUCUAUGUGUGGAAUAACAACUUCAUUCUGCGAUACUCCUUGGAGUUUGGCCCACCUGAUCCUGCCCAAGUGCCUACCACAGCAGUGACGAUAACUUCUUCAGCAGAGCUUUACAAAACCACAGUGUCAACCACUAGCACUACGUCACAGAGAGGUCCCGUAAGCACAACAUCGGCUGGAGGAACAAAGGAAGGAAGCAGAGGACCCAAACCACCACCACCCAUUUCCACAACCAGAAUUCCUCCCGUGACAAGUUUCUUCCCUUUGCCAGAGAGAUUCUGUGAACCAACUGAGGCCAGGGGGAUUAGCUGGCCUCAAACACAAAGAGGAAUGAUGGUUGAACGCCCUUGCCCCAAAGGAACACGAGGAACUGCUUCGUAUCUCUGCGUGGUCUUAACAGGAAUGUGGAACCCCAAAGGCCCUGAUCUUAGCAACUGUACCUCACACUGGGUAAAUCAGCUGGCUCAGAAGAUCAGAAGUGGAGAAAAUGCUGCUAGUCUGGCCAAUGAACUGGCUAAACACACCAAAGGACCGGUCUUUGCUGGCGAUGUUAGCUCAUCAGUGAGGCUGAUGGAACAGCUCGUGGACAUUUUGGAUGCUCAGCUUCAGGAACUACGGCCCAGUGAAAAAGACUCCGCUGGAAGGAGUUAUAACAAGCUCCAAAAACGAGAGAAGACGUGCAGGGCUUACCUUAAGGCAGUUGUGGAUACAGUGGACAACUUGCUCAGGCCUGAAGCUCUGGAGUCCUGGAAGGACAUGAAUUCUUCAGAACAAGCCCACGCAGCCACAAUGUUACUUGAUACAUUAGAAGAAGGGGCUUUUGUCUUGGCUGAUAAUCUUGUAGAACCAAGUAGAGUCUCAAUGCCCACAGAAAAUAUUGUUUUGGAUGUUGCAGUGCUUUCUACUGAGGGCCAGGUGCAAGAUUUGCGAUUUCCUCAGGCUGGAAAAGGAGGCAACUGGAUUCAGCUCUCUGCACGAACCAUGAAACAGAACAGUAGGAACGGGUUAGCCAAACUGGUUUUCAUUAUUUACAAAAGUUUGGGACGGUUCCUCAGUACUGAAAAUGCAACCAUAAAGUUAGGCAGUGAGUUGGCGGGGCAGAACAGCACAAUCGCCGUCAACUCCCACGUCAUCGCAGCCUCCAUCAACAAGGAGUCGAGCCGGGUGUACCUGACUGAUCCUGUGCAUUUCACACUGGAACACAUUGAUCCUGAUAAUUAUUUCAAUGCAAAUUGUUCCUUCUGGAACUACUCAGAGAGGACUAUGAUGGGAUACUGGUCAACUCAAGGCUGCAAACUGGUUGACACAAAUAAAACUCAUACAACGUGUGCUUGCAGUCACCUCACCAACUUUGCAAUUCUUAUGGCUCGUCGGGAAAUUGUGUACAAAGAUGGAGUGCACGAAUUGCUCCUCACUGUCAUCACCUGGGUGGGAAUUGUCAUCUCUCUUGUUUGCCUGGCCAUCUGCAUCUUCACAUUCUGUUUUUUCCGUGGCCUGCAAAGUGAUCGUAACACUAUUCACAAGAACCUUUGUAUCAACCUAUUCAUUGCUGAGUUCAUUUUCCUAAUAGGCAUCGAUAAGACAGAGUACAAGAUUGCAUGUCCGGUUUUUGCAGGUCUCUUACACUUUUUCUUCCUGGCAGCCUUUGCCUGGAUGUGUCUAGAAGGAGUGCAGCUUUAUCUAAUGUUAGUAGAAGUAUUUGAAAGUGAAUAUUCUAGAAAGAAGUACUAUUAUGUUGCUGGCUACCUCUUCCCUGCUACAGUAGUUGGUGUCUCAGCAGCUAUUGACUAUAAGAGCUACGGAACAGAGAAAGCUUGCUGGCUACAUGUAGAUAACUAUUUUAUCUGGAGUUUCAUUGGACCUGUUACCUUUAUUAUUCUGCUGAAUCUUAUCUUCCUGGUGAUCACAUUGUGCAAAAUGGUGAAGCACUCAAACACUUUGAAACCAGACUCUAGCAGGUUGGAAAACAUUAAUAAUUACCGUGUUUGUGAUGGCUACUAUAAUACGGACUUACCUGGCUAUGAAGAUAAUAAGCCAUUUAUCAAAUCCUGGGUCCUGGGUGCAUUUGCUCUCCUGUGUCUCCUUGGCCUAACAUGGUCAUUUGGUCUGCUGUUUAUAAAUGAGGGGACCGUUGUGAUGACAUAUCUCUUCACAGUAUUUAAUGCUUUCCAAGGAAUGUUUAUUUUCAUCUUUCAUUGUGCCCUUCAAAAGAAGGUACGGAAGGAAUAUGGGAAAUGCUUCCGGCAUUCCUACUGCUGUGGAGGACUUCCAACUGAGAGUCCCCACAGCUCAGUGAAGGCAUCAACAACGAGAACUAGCGCUCGCUAUUCCUCUGGCACUCAGAGUCGGAUAAGGAGGAUGUGGAAUGACACUGUGAGAAAACAAUCGGAAUCGUCUUUUAUCUCAGGUGACAUCAACAGCACUUCAACACUUAAUCAAGGAAUGACUGGCAAUUACCUACUAACAAACCCUCUUCUUCGACCACACGGCACUAACAACCCCUAUAACACAUUGCUCGCAGAAACAGUUGUAUGUAAUGCCCCUUCAGCUCCUGUGUUUAACUCACCAGCAACCUACAGAGAGACAAGACAUUCACUGAACAAUGCCAGGGAUACAAGUGCCAUGGAUACUCUACCGCUAAAUGGUAAUUUCAACAACAGCUACUCACUGCGCAAUGGAGACUAUAACGACAGCGUGCAAGUUGUAGACUGUGGACUAAGCCUGAAUGAUACAGCUUUUGAGAAAAUGAUCAUUUCAGAGUUAGUGCACAACAACCUGCGGGGCAGCAGCAAGAACCACAACCUGGAGCGGGCGCUGCCAGCCAAGGCUGUGAUCGGCGGGAGCAGUAGCGAAGAUGACGCCAUCGUGGCAGACGCCUCAUCUUUGAUGCACAGUGACACCCCCGGGCUGGAGCUCCACCACAAAGAGCUGGAGGCCCCACUCAUCCCUCAGCGGACUCACUCCCUUCUGUACCAGCCCCAGAAGAAAGUGAAGACCGAGGGAACUGACAGCUACAUCUCACAGCUGACAGCCGAGGCUGACGACCACCUCCAGUCCCCCAACAGAGACUCUCUUUACACGAGCAUGCCCAACCUCAGAGACUCUCCCUACCCAGAGAGCAGCCCCGACGUUGAAGAAGACCUCUCUCCCUCCAGGAGGAGCGAAAAUGAGGACAUUUACUACAAGAGCAUGCCAAACCUAGGAGCUGGCCAUCAGCUUCAGAUGUACUAUCAAAUCAGCAGGGGUAAUAGCGACGGCUAUAUCAUUCCCAUCAACAAGGAAGGAUGUAUUCCGGAAGGAGAUGUUAGAGAAGGACAAAUGCAACUAGUGACAAGCCUUUAAUAGUGUAGCAAAGAAAUAUUAAAGGCCACGUUCAAGUAUUAAAAAGACUUAAUUGGCCCCAUGCAGGCUUCCUCAUAUCUGCUCGAAGAGACAAUUCUGUUGACCCCGUGGUUCUCCAGUAACAGGGAUGACUGGACCUCGCAGUUCUGUGAAUUUUUAUAAAACAAAAACUUUGUAUAUACACAGAGUAUACUAAAAUGAAUUAUUUGUUACAAAGAAAAGAAAUACCAACAAGGUAUUUAAGAUAUCUUCUGCUGCUGAAUUUAACAAAAUUGUGAAAAAAAAAAAAGAGAAAUAAACACUUUCCAGCCAUUUUACUGCAGCAGGUUGUGAACUAAAUUUGUAAAUAUGGCUGCACCAUUUUUUUUUCUUAGGCCUACAUUGUAUUAUAUACAAGGCGUAGGCUUUAAAAUCCUGUGGGACAAAUUUACUGUACCUUACUAUUCCUGACAAGACUUGCAAAAGCAGGAGAGAUAUUCUGCAUCGGUUUGCAGUUCACUGCAAAUCUUUUCCAUUAGGGCAAAGAUUGAAUACAUGUCUAACCACUAGCAAUCAAGCCACAGGCCUUAUUUCAUAUAUUUCCUCAACUGUACAAUGAACCGUUCUCAUGAAAAAAUGGCUAAAGAAAUUAUAUUUUGUUCUAUUGCUAGGGUAAAAUAAAUACAUUUGUGUCCAACUGAAAUAUAAUUGUCAUUAAAAAUAAUUUUAAAGAGUUUGAAGAAAAUAUUGUGAAAAGCUCUUGGUUGCACAUAUGUUAUAAGCUGUUUUUCUUACACUGUUCAUAGUACGAUAGUUUGUUUAAAAUGCAAGUUCUACCUGUUUUCACUUAUUUUUUCACUGUAAACAGUGUUCUGCUUUGACAAGUUAGUUUUUAUUCUUAAGUUUUGAAUUUUUAUUGCCAAAAAAAACAUAAUUUGGGGAGAAAGUUGUUUUAGAAGCCAAUUAUGCCAAGCCUUGCACAAAUUUGGUGUAGCUAACAAAGAUUGUAACUCAAUUCCCUGUUCAUUCUUUAAUCAGGGUUGGGUGGUAAGGGGUAAAGGGGACAUUGGACACUUCUCACAAGCUUUCUCGUGAAUAAAAGGUGCCUGUCCUAUAAAAAAAAUGAAUAAAACAUAACUAUAACUCUUCCAUAUUCCUUCUGCCUAUAUUUAGUAAUUAAUUUAUUUUAUGAUAAAAAAUCAAAUGAAAUGUAAAUUGUUUCAACAGAAUUCUGCUUUUUUCAUCCCUUUGUGUAAACCUGUUAAUAAUGAGCCCAUCACUAAUAUCCAGUGUAAAGUUUAACACCUGUUUGACAGUAAAUAAAUGUGAAUUUUUUUCCAAAUAGGUAAAAUGUGCAUUAUUAUGUACGAAGCAUAAUUGGCAUCAGCAGUCCUUCGACCCAGAUGUGUCCUACCUAGAAUGGCAUCUUUACAUUUCAUGAUUUUAGUGUUGAGAAUUCAACAGAAACUGUCUAUAGCCCCACAGAAGACAGGUCAUCUUUACUAUUCUUUUGUAACCAUUGAAUAGGAUCAAACCCAGAUAUAGCAGGGUCAUUAGGAAAAUGUACUGUAAAUUCAUAUAUUUAAGUAGGCAUCUUCACUGAUAUUAAAAUUAAGGUGGUAAACACCACUGUCAUAUUCUUGGCAACAGUAAUUAGUGGUUAAUUAUUAGUGAUGAAGCUACAUUGUUGCAGUGGGGAAAACACGAAUAAGCAGCAUUUGGCUAGCACUCUGAGUGCUAUCUAAAUAAUUCAUCCAUCAUGGCACUGGUUUGUGUUAGAUAAAUAAGCAUGACUGUCCCUAUUUUUAUCAAACUAGAGAGCUGCAGAAGGCAGCUGAAGCACAAGAUGUUAUCUACAAAUCAGUAGCUAAAUUGGAAGUCUGAAAUCUUUGUUGUGUUGAUUCCCAAGCCUCUUUUGUUCCUCUCAUCCAGGGCCUUUCAAAGAUAGCAUCAAGGACUGCAUUUGUCACCACUUCCAAAACGGUGUUCUUUCAAAUAACUCUCAAAUUAAUGUCCCAUCAUCACAAAGGCUGCAGUUUCAUGUGUGGCCACUGUUACUUUCUGUAUGACAACAGCAAAAAUUCACUUGAAAGCUGUAUCGUUACCUUCUAAUGCAUUGGAAUAUAUCAAGUCCUUUUGGAAAAUAAGUCAAUGCAUUUUUAAGAAGUUUGGAUUUCCGAAGAAUGUUUUAGGCAAGACUUUCCAUUGUUGAGAGGGUUCAAACUAAAAAACUAAAAUCCAGGCUGAGAUGGAACUGUGGGGUUCAGGUAACCUCAAUAUAUCUGUUCAGGACUGUGACAUUGUAGCAAUUGUUAAUGAGAAAAAAAAGCAUAUUCAACUGUCAGCCACUGGAAACUCUUACCUUAAGUUCCUUAACACUUAAAAGUUACUGUGUUUGCAGUAGAGUCACUGAAACAUUUAAAAUUUAAUCAGAAGUGGUUUACUUCUUUUUAGUAGAGAUGCUUUAAAAAUCUGAAGUCCCUAUGAAACAGGACUUAGUUCUGAUUCAGGGUACACAGCAGACUCCUUGGAGCAAAAAUUAUUCCCUUAGUCUGCCUGGCAAAAGCAUACUUGCUACCUUCUACCUAGGAAAUGAUAUUCUUAAGGAUUUCAAAAUUAUGGUACUCAAGUAAUUACAGUACACGACCUAAUAACAUCACCAACUUUCUGCAGAAUCUUCAACCCUAUUUUGAGCAAUUACUCCUUUGUGUCUAACUAAAGGUGUCAAAACUACAUACUGGAGAAAGGUUUGUAGCAUUGUGAUCUUAAAUGCAUACUCAAUUGCAAAUGUAACAAGUAAAAUAAAACAUGAAACCAGAAAAUCUA